UGCUUCACAGAAAUUGUUUUGGAUGAGAAAACCAAAAAGGAACUCUUCACAGACACCUUCUGUAGAGUGUGUGGAGCAGUUCUACAAUUUGAAUCCCACAGAAAUGCACAUUAUGAGGGAAAGAGACAUGCUCAGAAAGUUCGCCUUUACUUCUUAAAUAAAGAACUGGAAGAAAUGGCAUACAAGAAGAAAAUAGAUGAGAAAGUAGAGCGCAUUAAUUCUCGUAUUUCAAGGCCUCAUUCACAGACCAGCAGUUCAGCGGAUCAACAAUUAGCCCAGGAUAGAAACAAGUUUUGUAGCUUGUGCAACAUGGUAUUCAGUUCUCCGGUUGUUGCCCAGUCACAUUAUGUGGGGAAAAUUCACAGCAAAAAGCUGAGGCAGUUGUCUGGGGAAACAAAUGAGUGGACAGCCGAAGUCGGUGAGUCCUCAAUGACCGCUCCUGAUGAAGCAGCUAUUCCAGCUGUUCCACCUGUCAAUGAGCAAGAUGAUGUCACGUCCCCUCCGUCAGAGAAAUCCAACCAGCAGGAAGCGAGCUCCGAGCCAUCCCCUGCUGAUACUGAGAUUGAUCUCAGUGACCCUAACAAGUACUGCAAGCUCUGCUGUGCCUCUUUCAACAACCCAUCGGUGGCUCUGCAGCAUUACAAUGGCAAGAAACAUGCUCGCAAUGAGUUACGACGGAAAAUGAUGGAGGAGAUGGAAGAUACGGGGCUCUCAGUGGACUCAGGGGGAGAUGGGAUGUACGUGUGUCCAAUCUGCAGCAUUACCCUCACCUCCAUAGAGAUGUACCAAUCCCAUAUGCAAGGAAACAAGCAUCAAAUCAAGGAAAAUAUAGUGGCCCAUUUAAUGAAGACAACAAAGAAGAGCUAUGACUCUUUUGAGAAUGAAUUAGAAGAUUAUAUAAAAGUCCAAAAGGCUCGAGGCUUGGCACCAAAAACUCAGUUUAGACCAGAAAAAGAUCAGCAAGACAGUGCUGAGGAAACAGAACCGGCACCAAUUCAUCCAAACCCCAGUCCUGCUGCUUACAAAUACUUUGGUCAUAAGACCCGGCCAUAUUCAUCUUAUAAUUCCCAUCAUGCAAGUGAUCCUAGAAUGGCUACCUGGGAGCUGGCUUACUGGCCACCAAAGCCCUCAAGGAUGACCGUGAAAACAGCCCCACCCAGAAAACAUCCUCCCCCCAGCCCUGACUCCAGUGAAUACUCUUCUUCAGAAGAUAGCAGUGACUCCCACAAAAAGGAGAAACGCCAUAAAGGGGAACACAGAAGCAAAGAGCGGAAACACCACAGCAAAUCAAAGCGAGAAAAUGGGAGCAGCGAGCGAAAGAAGCGAAAAAUCGAGGAAACGGACUCAGGCAAAGAAGACAGCGAAAAAGAAAAGAAAACAGAGUCUUCUGGAGACAAACCCAAACAAAAAAAAGAAAAGAAAGAUAAGUUGCCUACUGAUAAAGAGAGUAAAAAACACAAAAAGUCCAAAAAAGUGGAGGACCAACGAACAGAGGAGGAGAUGUUAUGGGACGAAUCCAUCUUGGGUUUCUAA